UCUCCCUGCCUCCCUCCCCCCUCCUUCCCUCCCUCCCCUCCAGAAUUAAAGUUGGGACAGUCGCGCUCCGGGGAUGGGUGCGAGCCAACGCCUCUGCUGCCGGCUCGCUCUGCUCCCUCCCCAGGCCGCCCGGAGCCCGCGCCCCCGCCCGCCCGCCCAGGAGGGAUGCUGCUCCGGGAGCUGCUGGGGCUGCUCCGCUGCUGCUGGCCCUCCCUGCUGCUGCACUGUGCCCUGCACCCGCUCUGGGGCUCCGUCCAGAUCACUCAGGGUGAGCCCCAGAAGUCAUGCUCCAAGCCUGUAGCAGAGAAAGUCACAGAGAGCUGCCAGCAAAUUUGCCAGUGCAGGCCACCUCCACCAUUACCACCACCUCCCCCACCUCCACCACCCCCAAGGUUGCUAGUGGUGCCAACUCCCAAGUCUACCUUUUGCCCCACUGAAGAGACUUGGUGGCCAGGCCUGUUUAUUAUCAUUGCAGUAUGCUGCGCCACACUAGUGUUCCUCUUCGUAGUUGUCAUCAUUUGCUACAAAGCCAUAAAAAGGAAACCAAUGAGAAAAGAAGAGAACGGAACCAGUCGGGCUGAAUAUGCAAUGACCUCCUCCCAAAACAACAAAACAGUUGAUAACAAUGCGGUCGUAUAAUCCCUGAAAUCCCACUGAGGCGCAGGAGGUGGCAAACUUUCAAAGCACACACAUGGAGUAUGCGAGGUGGGUGAAAUAAGGCAACGAAAGGAGCUCGGUGGCCAAGAACUUCAUUUGAGAAAUAGCGCACGCAUCAGUGAUUCAGAAGAGAAAAGCAGGCUGCUCUUCAGGCUUGCUGCUUCUCCAAAGGCGGAUAAACUUGCCCACUCGGGCUGCCCGGAGAAAAGGCCUCACAAAGGCAUAAGCAUUGCAUGCUACAUCUCAUGAAGGCCAUGUCACGAUGCCUCCCAUUUCUUCUUCCUUGCUUCCCCUCCCCCACUUUUCAGUUUGAAUUGAGUGUCCACAAAAGCUGCUGAAAUAGGGUCUUUUGAGGAGAAGGUGAUCUGCCAGAGUGGCAGCAGCUUAUUAUAAAUAGGUCUGAGGGUUAAGGGUAGGAGGGGUCACCUACGUUCUUCUCCAGCCUGUUCAGUUUUGUACACUUAACUUCAUUCUUAUCAUUCUUAUUAUUUCAUUAUUAAAAAAGGAACAAAGGUUAAGCCAAUCAAGCAACCAAAAAUUGCAUGAACUUGUGACUUAUCCCAGGAAAUUCAUCUGCGGUCUGGUGACUAUGCAAUUUCCAUGGCUGGAGACUUUUCAGGCAAAAGAAAUCAAAAUGUAAGACUUCAGCAAUUAGCAUUCCUAUUGAAAGAGAGAUAUUAUUAAGAGGUGCUUUGAACAUUAUUACUUCAUAAUCAGCCUCCUUUUUUGCAUCACACUUUAUUUUUUAUCUUUAAAAAAGUUCUUCCUUUGUGAAAUGCUGCAUGUUUCUCUGUGUUUGCAUCAUGCUGAUUCCCCAGGGAAACCCCUACAGGAAAGCUGUUGUUUACAUCUUGGGUGAGUAUUUGGGUGGGAUCGUGUUGAAAGGACUAGCAGCCCUUUGAAGUCCUCUUCAUUCACUGAUUAGCGUUGUUUCCCGAAAGCAUCCAGUAUCCUGAACUGAGCCACCAAGGUCACUGUAGGUCUGGCUUGGAGGACCACUUUUGAGGAUCUAGGAAGCUGGCUGUGCCCACGUAAACUCAGUCUCUGCCUCUCCUGGGAUGAGACUGCCGAUCAUGCCAAAUUCAGCAUAAUAGCUUAGUGUUAUACUUUCUGUGACGUGGAUUGCAGACUACUUAAAGCAAAGCUGAAUCCACCCAAAUUCAUUUCACAUAGGAUCUCAGGUUAGACUCAGUAAGUAACCCUCUAGGAUAAAGGCGAUGAGACUAGCUGAGACGCUGGUCUUUCCCCACCUCCUGAAAACUUCCCUUCAUGUCACAUGUAUGUCUCCAUUUACCUCUGUGCUGGAAGUAGUGAUGCAGUGAAAGACAAAUUUCCACCCUGGCUUCUUGUCUGGACGUCAAGCUUUGAUACCACUUGGUCUCCACGUCUGUAACUCCCAGGCGCCGACCCAGUCUUGCUCCAGGACGUGGCCGAGCCCCAGUUGUCACAUCCCUCGGUACUGCAACACACUGAUGCUUUCAGUUUUGUAUAAGGAUGUGCCUGAACUGCAGAAAUCAAACCUUGAUUUUGAACGCAUUCCUGUCUGCAGUUGGUCUGUUGCUGGGAUGUAGAGAUUGGCUGAUGGUAGAGGAAGACGAUGUUCUGCAGAUCUUCCCCGAAAAAGCUCCGGGAUGUUCAAAUCAGCAGUUUCAGCUCAGGCCCACCUGUAGUUUUCUAUUACCUAUUGAACUGUUGAGUGUAUGUAAAUAUAAGUCUCUUUUCAAUGAUAAAAUGAAAUGCUGCUAUAUACUGGUGUUGAGGAAUUUAUGGAGUUAUUAAUUUAGCUGUCAUCACUAUGUAGAAGUUUAGCUAUAUAAAAUUAUUUUUUAAAGGCUAGACUUUCUUGAGAAGUGAAUGCAAUUACAAAAGUGAAAGGGAAUAAGUAACCCUUUGCCCAAGAGUAUGAUCAUUACCUGCCAUAUUCUUGUUGUGUUCUUGCACAAGACACAGUGAUAUGUUCUUGGAUCCAAAGUGGGAUUAAAAUGACAGAAUUUAUACUUUGAGUCUAGUAUCCCAAAUGAUGAUUGCCUAAAGCACUUAGCCCCUAAAUACUAUAACACAAAUAUUGCAAGUAUAUUUCUAGAAUAUUUUUUAUGCUAUAACAUUUAUUAUGGUGUAGUUACCUAUGUUUGCCUCUCUUUUUUUACUCCAGCUUUUUCUGCUUAAAUGUGGCAUAGUCUGAGACUGGUUGCAUGUUUAGCUGAGAGUACAAAGUAUGAAUGCAGAAGAGUUUAGCAUGAUAUGGGCUCAGGAUUUCUCCUAAAUGGUGUUGAUUUUAUUUAUUUCCUAACACAGCUUUAAAGGCAUGUUUUGUAAGGCCAAAAUCACAAAAGGGAUUUGUAGCUCAUUAUGCCCACCCAAAUGUGUCUGUUUUUGCAAGAAAAAGUCUAAAGAGAUGGUCACCAGACGCUGUCUGAUUUUCAGUGAUGUCAACAGUAAAAGGUCAUCACGGAGAGAAGACCCUGGUGCAUGACAUAACCCACAAGUACCCCCCACCCCAGGUCCCCUGAGGUCUCCUCAGUGGAACAUAAGCAUCAAAAACUUCAUGGAGGGUGGGGAGGCAGGACAUUUCAAGGAGCAGCAUGCAGGGACUGGGAUCUACUUUCAACUCUGCCACUGAUCUGCUGUUUACUAGCGAGUAAUUUUGCGCCUCUGUGCCUCAAUUUACCCAUCUGUAUUAUCAAGAUAAAAAUACUUACCAGGUCUGUGGCAGUAUUUUCAGAGAUGUAGAUGUAUCCUAUUUGUAUAGGCAGAUUUACACUAUCAUGAUAUCCAACAUGUUGAUAUUAAAUAAACCUAUUUGGGCACACCAUCGUCAUAAUAUUUCAUAAACAAGCAUUCCCCAGUGUGCUUUUUUUAAUCUGCUGGCCACAGAAGAGCAGCAGCAGGCAGGCUGAGAGCUGCCUCUCUGCCUCUCCAGAGCCUUUGCUCACAGCACUCGCACAGCUCCACGGCAGGGAGAGAUGGGAGAUCCUGCAUGGGGUAGUUUUGCCUUUAGGUUCCUGCCUAAGUACAGUUGGCUACAUUGCACCAAAAUUUAAGGUGAUCUUCAGAAAGGUGCUUGGAAAGUGUACUGGAAACAGGUGCAAGUCUUCAGAAAAGAAAGGCUAGAAAGGCAGUGUCAUUGAAGAAUGAUUUCUGAAGUUUUCUGAUAUGGUUUAAGGUUGUGUUUAACACUCUACAGACUACUUGCAAAGCUUUUAUAAAGGAGGCUUCUGUGCAUCCUUAUUGUACUAAAAUACAAAGGGAAGGGAAUAGGUGUGAUAGAUAAGGGCUUCACUAAGCAGUGACCCUGGGUCUGGGGAACUGACAAUCCAAAAUACAGCUUUAAAAGCAUUUACAGUUUAUUUUAGCCACCAAAAUAUCAGGCAUAGAAAGGUCCCACAUGGCUGCAUUCACAAAAUAACCAGGUCCCCAGCAGAUGAAAAGAUGGCCAAUUUCUAUGCAGAAGUUAACUGCUCUGCUCUGACCCCUCUGACCACCACCAGGCAGACUCAGAAAGCAUCAACUCAAAACUUCUCAAGGAUCGCCACUGGCAGAUGCAAGCAGGGGAUGCACUUUAAGGGCCUGAGCUGUAAAGUUUCCUCAGUGCUCAGCAGUGCCAGGAAGGUGGAGCUGAAGCCCCAGCCCUGCAGCCCCUGCUGGCUCAGACCCAACGCAGCAGUGUGACCAGGAAAGCAUCUCUACCUUGGCUAGAUGCUGCAAAAACAGACAUGGGAAGAAAGAGGAGAGUUCUACUACGUAUAAGAUAUAAAUAUAUUGAUAUAUAUCUAUACAGAGACCUAAUUGUCCAGUCUUGCAUGCCAUAUGGUCACAGCAUGUGAAGCGAGUGUGGGCCUCUUGCUCCAACCAGGUCACGACCAUAGAUGCUGCCAAGCAAUGGAGAAUCAGGCCUAUGGUAGAUAUGUAUUCACAAUACUCCCUGCACCUGUACAAAAAAAAAAAUGUAUUAUUUUAAACUGCAAAAUAGUGUGUUUAAAUCAAUGCAUGAAUGUAAAUAUUCUAAGAUCUGCCUUCUUGACUGUGUACCACAUGUACAGAUGAAAAUGAAUAUUGUUUAUAGGAAAUCUGUAUCAGUGGUUAAAUGACUAAAGAGAAAAAAAAAUAUCAGAAUUAAUGUUGUCAUGUUUCUCAAACAGGCCAUUAAUGUAUAUUUAGCAUUUAAGGACCUUGCUCAAUAAAUAUGUUCUGUACCAAAAACUGUGUUGCAUAUACAGAUUGUGCAGUACCCUAUUUUAAAAAGGCACCAUAAUUAAUUUUUAUUUUAAAUAAAAAUGUACUUGUAAAAAGUU